GGAAGAGAGGGGAAAACAUUGAGAAGGCAUAGAAAUCUAGAGCUCUCCAAGGAUGAACAAUUAGAAAGAGCUGAUCCCUCUUUUCUCUGCUCCCAUCGAUCUCUUCAUCGACGGCACCAUCACACACACUCACACCACCAGCAGCCACAAACAGCUAGUAAAACCAAGCUAGCAUCAUGGGCAUCAGUGUCAUGAGGUCGGAGCUGGUGAAGCCGAGCGAGGACACCCCACAGGGCCCCUUCUGGCUGUCCAACCUCGACCUCGGCGUGCGCAGCGGCUAUUCGCCGACGAUCUAUCUCUUCCGUCCCAAUGGCAAAGGGUUCUUCUCCGUGGAUGUUCUGAGGACAGCACUGGCCAAGGCGUUGGUGCCGUUCUACCCUCUGGCUGGCCGCCUCGGCACGGCACCAGACGGGCGCUUGGAGAUCGAUUGCAAUGCCAAGGGCGCCGUCUUCGUCGUCGCGCAGUCGGAUGCUGUGCUAGAGGAUCUCGAGGAAGGCUUCUCGCCGGCAUCGAAAGCCAUGCGUGACUUGUUCGUGCCUCCCUAUCCCAAAGAGGUCGGCCCUGGCGCCCCCUUGCUCCUGCUUCAGGUUACCUUGCUGCGUGGAGGAGGCGUGGUGCUUGGCACGGGCAUGCACCACUACGCCCUGGACGGCCGCAGCUCUUUCCACUUCAUCCAGACAUGGUCCAGCAUUGCCAGGAGCGGCUCCAUUGGUGCCGCCAUUGAAGCUCCGUUCCUCGAUCGAAGCUCCCUCCGCGCACGCUCCCCGCCAGUCGUCCUCUUCGACCACAGCCACGAGUACCUCGGGCCUCCAACAACAGUCAACAACAACAACAACAACAACAACAACAACAAGGCGCCCACAGAGUUAGCCGGCGCCAUCCUGCGCGUGUCCAGCGCGCAGGCGAGCGCGCUCCGGGCGCGCACGGGCGGCGAGUCCCUGUUCCGCUCCCUGGUGUCCCACAUCUGGCGCUGCGCCUGCAAAGCCCGCGAGCUCCCCCACGACGCCAAGUCCCGGCUCUACACGGUCGUCGACAUGCGCGCGCGCCUCGCGCCGCCGCUGCCGGGCGCGUUCCUGGGCAACGCCGGGGCGCGCACGUCCGUGACGGCCAAGGUGGGCGACCUCGUCGCCGGCCCGCUGAGCUUCGGCGCGCGGCGGCUGCGCGUGGCCACGGGCAAAGGGGACGACUACGCGCGCUCCUUGGUGGACUACCUGGAGACGGUCAUGACGUCGCCGGGGUCUGGCUCUGGACCCGGGAGGGAGCUCCCGGACACGGACUUGAGGGUGAUAAGCUGGAUGGGCAUGGCGUCGCACGACGCCGACUUCGGCUGGGGCGCGCCGGUGCUCGUCGCGCCGGCUGCCAUGUCCUACACCUGGUUCGUUUACAGCGUUGGGGACGGUACCGGCGACGUCGCGGUGGCCGUGGCCAUGAAGGAGGAGGAUCAGCUGGAGCGGUUCAAGGAGCUCUUCUUUGAUGACAAGGAGAUGGCGGCGUGGCCGGAUCAUGCGUGCGAGUCUGUCGGCGAGAUGAAAGCUUUCUAGAAUAAGAAUUUGAGGAUCGAGCAAUGUAGUACUCAAGCUAGCUCUAGCUGCUGCAGCAUGUAUGAUGUAUACAUACAUGCAUCGAAACCAGACAAUAAAUGUAUUCUCUAUUUGAUCC